AGGCAGCAAUAUCCCAUGAGUGACUUCGGUUACGUCUCCAGAAUGGCAGAAGACGAUCCAUAUUUGGGAGGUCAUGAACAAAUGUUUCAUUUGGAGUCUUUGAAUCAUACAAUGUUUAAUCCAGAAUUAUUUCCACAAGAGGUGUCACUACCCACAGAUGGCCCAUACCUUCAAAUAUUAGAGCAACCUAAACAGAGAGGAUUUCGUUUCCGUUAUGUGUGUGAAGGCCCAUCCCACGGUGGACUGCCCGGUGCGUCUAGUGAAAAGAACAAGAAGUCCUACCCUCAGGUCAAAAUCUGCAACUACGUGGGACCUGCAAAGGUUAUUGUUCAGUUGGUCACAAAUGGAAAACACACCCACCUGCAUGCACACAGUUUAGUGGGAAAACACUGUGAGGACGGGAUCUGCACGGUGACUGCUGGACCCAAGGACAUGGUGGUCGGUUUUGCAAACCUGGGUAUACUUCAUGUGACAAAGAAAAAAGUAUUUGAAACACUGGAAGCCCGAAUGACAGAGGCCUGUGUCAGGGGCUAUAACCCCGAAAUUUUGGUGCAUCCUGAUCUUCGUUAUUUGCAGGCAGAAGGCGGAGGAGACCGGCAGCUCACGGAUCGGGAAAAGGAGGUCAUCCACCAGGCAGCUCUUCAGCAGACGAAGGAGAUGGACCUCAGCGUGGUGCGACUCAUGUUCACGGCGUUUCUUCCGGACAGCACGGGCAGCUUCACACGGCGCCUGGAACCCGUGGUGUCGGACGCCAUCUACGACAGCAAAGCCCCCAAUGCCUCCAACUUGAAGAUUGUCAGGAUGGACAGGACAGCUGGAUGCGUGACUGGAGGGGAAGAGAUUUAUCUUCUCUGUGACAAGGUUCAGAAAGAUGACAUCCAGAUCCGAUUUUAUGAAGAGGAAGAAAAUGGUGGAAUCUGGGAAGGAUUUGGAGAUUUCUCCCCCACAGACGUUCAUAGACAAUUUGCCAUCGUCUUCAAGACUCCAAAGUAUAAAGAUGUCAACAUUACAAAACCAGCCUCCGUGUUCGUCCAGCUUCGGAGGAAAUCUGACUUGGAAACCAGCGAACCAAAACCUUUUCUCUACUAUCCUGAAAUCAAAGAUAAAGAGGAAGUACAGAGGAAGCGGCAGAAGCUCAUGCCCAACUUCUCGGAUAGUUUCGGCGGCGGCAGUGGGGCCGGCGCUGGAGGUGGUGGCAUGUUUGGCGGUGGUGGUGGAGGAGGGGGUGCUGGAAGCACAGGUCCAGGGUACGGCUUUCCGCACUAUGGAUUCCCUACGUAUGGCGGCAUUACCUUCCACCCUGGAGCUGCGAAAUCCAAUGCUGGGAUGAAGCAUGGAACCAUAGACACCUCGUGUAAAAAUGACCCUGAAGGUUGUGACGCAAGUGAUGACAGAGAGGCUGUAAAUCUCUCUGGGAAAGGAACCGAGACCACAGCACGAAAGGAGUCUGGCGGCGGGGCUGAUGCCAUUGCUCCAGCGCCCCCAGCGGGAGCAGAGGAAGGGCGCUCCUGCUGUCAGGAUAACCUGUUUCUAGAGAAGGCUAUGCAGCUUGCCAAGCGGCACGCCAAUGCCCUUUUCGACUACGCGGUGACAGGAGAUGUGAAGAUGCUACUGGCUGUCCAGCGCCAUCUCACUGCAGUGCAGGAUGAGAAUGGGGACAGUGUCUUACACUUAGCGAUCAUCCACCUUCACGCCCAGCUUGUGAGGGAUCUGCUAGAAGUCACGUCUGGUUUGGUUUCUGAUGACAUUAUCAACAUGAGAAAUGACCUCUACCAGACGCCCUUGCAUUUGGCAGUGAUCACCAAGCAGGAGGCUGUGGUGGAGGACUUGCUGCGGGCCGGGGCCGACCUGAGCCUUCUGGACCGCUUCGGUAACUCUGCUUUGCACCUAGCUGCCAAAGAAGGACAUGAUAAAAUUCUCGGUAUUUUACUCAAGCACAAAAAGGCAGCACUACUUAUCAACCACCCCAAUGCGGACGGUCUGAAUGCCAUUCACAUAGCCAUGAUGAGCAACAGCAUGCCGUGUCUGCGGCUGCUGGUGACUGCCGGGGCGGACGUCAACGCCCAGGAGCGGAAGUCGGGGCGCACGGCACUGCACCUGGCUGUGGAGCGGGACAACAUCUCCCUGGCCGGCUGCCUGCUCCUGGAGGGUGAAGCCCAUGUUGACAGUACCACCUACGAUGGAACUACACCCCUGCACAUAGCGGCCGGGAGAGGGUCUACCCGGCUGGCCGCUCUCCUCAAAGCAGCAGGAGCAGACCCCUUGGUGGAGAACUUCGAGCCUCUCUACGACCUGGAUGACUCUUGGGAAGAGGAUGGAGAGGACGAAGGAGUCGUCCCUGGAACCACACCCCUAGACAUGGCCGCCAGCUGGCAGGUAUUUGACAUAUUAAAUGGGAAACCCUAUGAGCCCGAGUUUACAUCAGAUGAUUUACUGGCACAAGGAGACAUGAAACAGCUGACUGAAGAUGCAAAGUUGCAGCUCUACAAGUUGCUAGAAAUCCCUGAUCCAGACAAAAACUGGGCCACUCUGGCACAGAAAUUAGGGCUGGGGAUACUAAAUAAUGCCUUCCGGCUGAGUCCUGCCCCAUCUAAGACUCUUAUGGACAACUACGAGGUCUCUGGGGGGACGAUAAAAGAGCUGGUGGACGCCCUGAGACAGAUGGGCUACACAGAAGCAGUUGAAGUGAUCCAGGCAGCAUUCUGCACCUCAGGAACCGCAGCCCCCAGCCCAGUGACGACCACCUCCCAGGCCCCCUCGCUGCCUCUCGCACCUGCCUCCACAAGGCAGCAAAUAGACGAGCUCCGGGAGGACAGCGUCUGUGACAGUGGCGUGGAGACCUCCUUCCGCAGACUCAGCUUCACGGAGUCUCUGACCAGCGGCAGCUCACUGCUAACUCUUAACAAAAUGCCCCACGAUUACAUGCAGGAAGGACCUAUAGAAGGGAAAAUUUAGCCUGCUGGCAAUUUCCAACAACAUGUAAACCAAAGCUCUGAAAUUCCACCACGCUGUCCAAGAGAAGGAAGGCCAAGUGCAGCCAAAGGUGCUCCAAGGAAACCACCUGCUCGGAUCGUUCUGGACUCCAUUCAAGGCCUUGGAGAGUUGGCUUCCUUCCCUGGCUCUUAGCUGAGUUUAAUUGGGCUCGUUUACAGAUAGUCUCUUGCAAUCACGGCACCUGGCUGGGUUGAGGCCUCGCUGGGGUGCGGUGGCUUAUUGAGCUUUACCAGCUGCUUUCUGUGGUCAUCGCUGCUGUCCCUCUGCUGCAUUCCCACUGUCACUAAAAGGUGUCGCAGUCCGCACCUGGUGUUCUCUCUGGCCGUCCAAGGCACACUUGUGCAUUCAGAUUAAGGAUUAAGAAAAGGGAUAUUUUAAAAUGAGUCACUUAGUAUAUAAUAAAAAAAGGCCCCCUGCUUUUUCUGAUCUGGUUAUCUCUGUGAUUUGAAAAAGAACAUGUACAUGUCAAUAUUUAAACAUGGUUACAAUCAGUGCUGGAAAUGGUAUUUUCCCCUUUUUCUGCAUUUUGCUAUUGUAAAUAUGUUUUUUUAGAUCAACUACUUUAAAGGAAAAAAUAUUGGAUUUAUAAAUGCUAUUUUUUAUUUUACUUUUAUAAUAAAAGGAAAAGCAAAUUGAUGCCCUCAUCUUGUUUGAUCUGUGCAGAUACUUUUCUAAGAUGAUUCCUCGUAAGCACAGGGUCAUUCCACAGCCCAGUUACCACAUUCACAUUUCCCUUUAGAAUCAACUUGUUGACUGAGAGAUGGGCCAAAAAAUUAUCAAAAGAAAAGUAUUUUAACCUGAGAUGAAAGCUUUGGGUUUGUCAAAUCCUUGCUUGGCUCAUCCCAUGUAGGCGGUGUCACCUUACUUUCCUCCAUCUCACGCAAAACUAGUCCUCCUCAGCCCUCAGCGUGUCCUCAGGGCCUCCGUGAUACAAAGCGCUGACAUUUCUGCAUGCCAGAGGGUCUGCGACAAGAAGCCUUCCUGCGUGAAGCUUUGCUGAACUCUUCACUCAAAGAGUUGGAAAUAAGGGAGGAGAAAUGAAAAGUGUUUGAAUGAUGUGCUGUGGCAGACACUGAGAGGUGCAACCAAGGCCCCUCUUUCACAAGGACUUGUCAGCCCCACCGCUGGGAGACAUUUGUCAAAUGGCCUCUCGCUGUCAGUUCCUUCGGAGAUUGCCUCGGCUGCUGAGAGGCACCUCACCCACUUCCACGAAGGCCCCGGGCAACGCUGACGUGGCGUGUGAAAACCUGUCCAAGUCGGGACAACACUGAAGGGCUGUUUGAGCUCCAGAGCGCCCUCAGGGGUGGCUGAGGUGUUGUUUGGGUCUGUGUCGCAGCUCAACUCUUCCCUCUGCCUUGCUGCUGUGUCUGGCUGCUCCCUUCCAAAUGGUGGUGAUCCCAGGGCACUCCCAGAGAAACGUCCUGAGCGCGAGUCUCUGUCUCAGAGCCGGCUCCCCAGAACCCAGCAUGCACAGGGGCGAGGAACUAAUGCUGAGCAAUUUUGCAGAACAUGCAAAGUCAUUUAAUUUUGAAAAUAACCCAAUGAAGUAUGUAGAAUUAUCCUCAAUUUAUGAAGAAGGAAACUGAGGCUCCAAGAGUUCAAGCAGGCAAUGGCUCAGCUGUUUCUGAGUUUACAGCCGGGUCUGUCUCACCCCAGAGUUUAUGGGAUAGAGAAUUAUCUUGGUAGGGUAAGAAGGGAGAUUAAAAUCAUUGAGUCCAGAAACAUAUAGGAAUUUAGUAUAUAAUAAAGUAAAACUCCAAAUCAAUGAGGAAAAGACAAUCAAUGAGUAGAUGCUCCAACUGGUUAAUCACUUGGCAAAAAAAUCAGUCUGAACUCCUCCUCCUCCUUUCGUCAAAAUGAUUUCCAAAUAAUUAAGCCAUAAAAAUACUAGAAAUCGUGAAUGAAUAAUCUUGAAAUAGAAAAGGACUUCCUAAGCAAAACUUUAUUGUCUGCUGUAAAAUAGUUUG